GAUGCUCCCUCUCUCAAACUGUGAAAACACAAUCACACGCAAACGCCGAGUGCAUGGAUAUCAUGCUGUCACGUGAAACCACAUUAUUUCUCGCCGAUAAAAACACGAAUCGCCUCCCCUUGUCCCCGUUUUGAUGCUAUUUUGUCACGUGUGUAACCCGAGUGGAGACUGGAGUCAGAGAGACGGGGGGCACAACAGUCAGGAAUGUUUCUUCCGGUUCCAAAGAGCGUAAAAAGCCAGCGGAAGCUAAUGUGCUCUUUGUAGACUGCUUGUGCCUCAUUGAAGCCUGUACGACUCAGCUCUGCUGCCGACAUUGGUUUCCUCCCAGCUGCAGGAAUAACCAUUGAGACAAGCGAGGGGCCUCUGUCUCCAGAAGUGCAGCUAACCACUGACUGCAUGUCUCAGAGCUUUGACCGAACCCAGCUAUCUUUCUCCUCCUCCCACUUUUACUCAAGGACCCACAUUUUCACAUAAACAUAACCUACAAACUUCAAACCAACUGCUAGUUGCUUCGUCACAGGCACAGUUGGUAAUUUCUCUCCUUGGCCAGAAGGAUUGUCCCGCAGCUGGCCCCCAACUGGUGCUCCUUCAGUGGGGGAGGGAGGGGAAGGAGAGCAGCUGAACGUUGUUUCGUUUUUUCCUUGCAAUGAAGCUGCAAGCUGUCAUGGAGAACCUGCACAGGCAGCAGAGGGCCAAGCUGCUGAUGGAGCAGCAACUACAGCAGCAAGCUGCUGGCCAACACACUCAAGUGCGCAUAGGUGGAGGAGGAGGGGACGAGCCGAUGCGGAGCCCGACCACUGAAGCAGAGCAGGCCCAGAUGGCUGCACUAGCGGCCAUGCGUGCUGUGGCGGCAGGGCUGCAGAGGGUGUCAGACAGCCCCAUGUCAGAGCGCAGCAGCGGUGGUGAGGAGGAUGUUGACGACGACGACGAUGAUGAUGAUGACGACAACGAGGAAGGGGAGGAGCAAUACAAGGACAUGAUGGGGUCAGAUGAGGAGGAGCAGAUCAAACAGAAAUGGGAUGAGGAAGACUUUGAAGGCGAGAUGGAGGAAGACUUUGAUGAUGAUCUCAGAGAGGAAGGUCUGCCAACAGGCCAUGAUGCUGUGGCUCCAGGGAAAGGCAUCCUCCUGUUGCCCCACCGCCAGCUCCACCCUCACUCUCAGCUACUGAAGGCUCGCCCCAGUGUCGACCAGGAACCCCGGGUUGCUAUCCUGCCUCCCCACUCCACACACGGCCAUCUGGGCGGACAAGACCAUGGAGAAUGGACCUAUGAGGAACAGUUCAGACAGCUGUAUGAACUGGAUGGGGACCCAAAGAGAAAGGAGUUUCUGGAUGAUCUCUUCAGCUUCAUGCAAAAAAGAGGAACCCCAGUGAAUCGUAUUCCCAUCAUGGCCAAACAGGUCUUGGAUCUGUACAUGCUCUACAGGCUAGUGACAGAGAAGGGAGGCCUGGUGGAGGUCAUCAACAAGAAGCUGUGGAGGGAAAUCACCAAGGGACUCAACCUGCCUACCUCAAUCACCAGUGCAGCCUUCACCCUUCGCACACAAUACAUGAAGUACCUGUACCCAUAUGAAUGUGAUAAGAGGUGUCUGAGCAACCCCAAUGAGCUCCAGGCAGCCAUCGACAGUAAUCGGCGGGAGGGACGACGACAGAGCUUUGGAAGCUCCCUCUUCACCUACUCGCCCAAUGGGACACCCACCAUGCUGUCCUCGCCAAAGCUCCCCACGUCCAGCAUGGGUCUGACAGUGGGCACCAAUGGGGCCUCGCUGACUGCCAUCCAUAGGAUAAAGAAAGAAGAGGGGGGCCAGUCGCUGCCGGGGGUCGGUAUGGCUCGUUUGCCAGCAGGAGCCCUGGUGGGUCACUCGGUGGCUGCCGUGCAGGCAGCGGCAGCCCAGGCGGCGAUGGCGGCUCAGGUGGCGGCUCUGGAGCAGCUAAGGGACAAACUGGAGGCUGGUGAGCCUCCAGAGAAGAAGAUGGCGCUGCCAGCCGAGGAUCACCACCGGCUUCUGCAGAGAGCGCUGCAGCACAACCUGCUGGCCAUGACCGCCCAGAUGCCCAUGAACAUACGCAUCAACAAUCAAGAAGGCAGACAGGACUCGGCGCUGAAUCUCACCACCAACGGCACAAGCAGCAUUAGCAUGUCAGUGGAGCUCAACGGCGUAAUGUACACUGGCGUUCUUUUUGCUCAGGCAGCAGCGGGAGCAGCAGUGGGGUCAGCCUCCUCUGGUGCGUCUGGAUUGUCUGUGUCCAACAAUCAUGCCGCCGCUCCUCAGCAGCAGCAGCAACACACACCUACCUCAACCUCCAACAACCUGUUGUCUUAACAAACCCCCGGCCUCCCCCCCCCCCCCCUUUUUUUUUUUAAUUACCACGCUAAGUAAAGCCAAAAACCAACCUCAUUUUCUAUGUUGUCUAUGCCAAAAAGAGAAGACCCACAAACCUUACAGGAAGACUCGGAUCACUUGAAGUACACUAUCUCAGGUUUUCUCUCACAAACUCACCUCUUUUGUUCUUCGUAGCCAAAAUCAUUUUGGAAAACAAAUUCCAACUGCGAGUCAGUAUCCACGAAACAAUGCACAACUUGUGAAUUAUUUAUUUCUACAUAAAUGUACAGAUUACCGGAGAACAAAAGAGAAGGUAAUAACUAGAAAGGGCAAUGCACUGUUUACACAUAUACACAGCUACUGACUGACAGUAAUGUUUUAUCCUCUAGGGGAGUAGAGUUUUUUUUUUGUUUUUUUUCUUUUAAUCUUUUGAUUGUCAUUAUUAUCUUUAUUGUUAUUCUCUAUUGUGUUUAUCAUUUAAAUCUUUAACAAUCCUCUCACUGCAGGAAAAAAAAGUCUAUAUAUUUAGAAUUCUAUAAAAAAAAAAGAAAAUAUGAAUAUCCUCUAUUUUUAAUCAGCAAAGCUUUAAAGGUAUAUAUGUUCAGGGCAUAUAACAAUGUACCGCUGUGACCUCAUUUUAUGGAAAAACCUUAUAACCUUAUUCACAUGGCAGCCAGUUUGUAUCUCUACGAGGAAGAAGGAGUCUGGUGCACGUGUGCACUGCUGUUUUGUACCGAGAUACGCGCCAUAUCUAUGCCUCAAAGUCACCAAGGAAACGCAAACCAGAAAUGGCUGCAUGCGCAGAAUCUGCAUGGAUGUUGACUUGUGAAUAUAUUCGGUCCAUUAUCAGCUGUGUGGUUGUUCUGCCUGAACAGCUAGCCCUUACCUGUGUGUUGACAUAAGGCCAGUUGAAUACAUAUCUAUGCCAAACAUGCAGGUAUAUUGUAUGGCUGUUCGUACCAUUAAGGUGGAAAAACGAACUAAAGCCUCUCGUUACACGCUGGACGUCCGGAGCCUCGAUGGCGGCAUCGCCGACUAUUGACGCUUGAAGUUCAGGCUGUAUGUGAAUAUCUCGUUUUCCAUUGUUCUCAGGUGUUUCUCUGCGCAUCGCUUUGUACUAUAUCCCGCAGUCUUCUUUUCAAAGGCUCCCCACAGAACGGUCCGUUUUUAUCUUUUCUAUGACUUAGCCCUCUCAUGGAGUGAUUGUCUCAUGGUCAGAUGCAUGCACGUGUUUGUCGGUGAGAGCCGUCAGUGCGCAGGAACACACACUUUCCUGCCACGGAUUUAAAGGAAUGUAGCGUCGCUAAAUCCUUGUUUUGGGUGGAAACACUUGUGACAAUCAGGGGUCAGGAGAUUUAGCUGAGCUGCAAAAGAAACCUCUCCUGACAAAUACUUCGGCUCAUAUCUAAUGUUUUGUCGUUUUUAUUUUUCUUGUAUCUUAGAUUACGGAUGCUUUUGCUUUUUUUUUUAGCUUUGUGGGUGUUUUUUUUUUUGCAUGACUUUAGUGCUUUGCCUGAUCCAAGUGCUUCUUAUCCUGUGCUGUGUCGUGAGGAUCAUUUCUCGCUGUCUGUCGGCACAGAGAAUGUCUUGUAAUCGUCUUUGACUGUUUUUAGAUGAAUUGCUUAAUUGGGGCUUUUGAAGACGUGAGAUCAGAGAUAAUCAUAGCUGUGGCUGAGCACUUGUCCGUGCAGUUCACAGCAGAAACACCCUGUCACCUCAUACAUAGUCGUAGUUGUGUGCCUGCGUUUUGUAGUAGAUUAAUCAUUCAGCUUUUUGAACUUCAACCUGUGUUACCUCUCUGGUCUGUUGGCUGUUAAAGAUUGUUACUCAUUCUCGACCCCACCCCAAGCAAAGCAGCCUCAUUCCUAGCAAUGUUAGGAAGUAAAUCAGGCUUUGUGUGUGGGUUCUGAUGUGAGGCCUUAAGGCCACAGCAUGAGAUGACCAGAGAGCAAACAGUACCUCCACCUAAUCACUUUUAUUGACCCUCCCAAAUAUCACCAGAUGGCUGCAGAUGCUAUGAUUGUGGUUCUUUUUCUCUGUG